AUGGAGGACUUCGCCGACGACCUCCAGAGCCUGGGGCCGCGCGACGGCGCGGACGACGGGGGCCUGGACGCGGCCGACGAGGGCCUGCCGCGGGAGGCCAUCGACGUCGACUGCUUCGACGAGCUGCUCAACGCGCCGCUCGUCGACUCGCCGCGAAACGCGCGCCCGCCGUCCGCGGCCGGCGACGAGGAGCGGCGCCUGGCGAGCGGCGAGGUGAUGCCCUUCGAGACGGUGCACGCCUGGCUGCGCAAGCUCGCGACCGGCGGCGACGCGCCGCGGACCCUGCCCCUGCGGCCGUCCGCGUCGCCGUUCGCGCCGUUCUCCGGGCCGUCGGCGGCGUACGUCGUCUCGCGCGCGCGCGCGGAGGGCCGCGGCGAGUCGGGCGGCAUCUCCGUGGCCUUCCAGUCCGUGACGAACGGCGAGGCCUGGUGGGCGCCCGACGAGCUGCGGGGCGUCGUGCGGCGGCCCAUGGCGCGGCGCGUCCGGAGCGGCGAGGGCGCGGGCCGCGUCCACGGCUACCGGGGCUGGCUCUACACGCUGACGGCGCGGCCCGACGCGCGCGCGCCGCCGGCGGCGGACCGCGGCGCCGACGUCGCCCUCGUCCAGCUCUGGCGCGACGGCGGCACCGGCGGCACGAAGCGCGCGCGCGCGCCGCCCGACGACGAGGACUCGAGCCAGUUCUGCGACUCGCUCAGCGACGCGGAGAACGGCGCGACGGCGCGGAGCGGCGAGCGGUCGUCGCGGACGCCGUCGCCCCGGGGCCUGCGCAAGCGGCGCGACAACCUGUACACGGAGGAGGACGUCGUGCCGCGGACGACGCGGUUCCUGCGCGACGUCGUCGUCGAGGGCGCGAUCCGCGGCACGAUCCGCGCGCCCGAGGGCGCGGCGGACUACGCCGAGUGGUUCCCCUGGCACGACGACGUCCUCGCGUCGCCCAAGCUCCCGCCGCCGGGGUCCGUCGUCGCCAUCGACGCGCGGACGCAGAGCCUGACGCUCGACACGUCCGGCGACGGGCCCGUGCUCAUCACGUCGAGCCGGCCGUCCGUCGCCGCGGGCGUGCCCGACGACGAGGACCGGCGCCGACGGGGCGCCUUGGUCGCCUUCGUGGGCCAGGUGCCCGUGCGCUGCGACGCGGGCGUGCGCGCGGGCGACACGCUCGUGCCGUCCGGCGCGGGCGACGGCGCCGCGGCCGCGGCGCGCGCGGCGCCCGGGGCGGUCCUCGGCGUGGCGCUCGGCGACGCCGGCGACGGCCCCGGGGGCUUCGAGGUGCUGUGCUUCGUGCGCUGGCACCAGGCCGUGCAGCGCGAGGUCGGCCGCGAGCUCGGCACGUGGGUCGCGCGGUGCGCGCGCGCGGGCAGCAACGGCAUGUUCUGGCUGAGCCUCGUGCAGAUCGCGCUGACCCUGGCGCUGACGCUGAACACGACGCGCGGCGCCGCCCUGGGCCGCAAGCCGCCGCCGCGGCCCGUCGCGCGGCCGAGCGGCGUCGAUUUGGGCGAGCCCCGGUGGGAGCGCGUCCACAUGUUCAGCAGCGUCAUCAUCGGGGUGGACCACGUCUGCCUCUACGGCCUCAUCGCGCUCUACGGGCCCACCCUUCCCCGCCUGCGGCUCGUGAUGGCCCAGUGGGUCGUGGGCCUGAGCACGCUGCCGGCGACGUGGGCCGUCUGGGGCCGCGUCUCCGACGACCUCCAGUACGCCUUCGCCUUCUACUUCGCGCUGCUCCGCGCGCUCUACUACGCGACGCUCGCAAUGCUCGCGCGCGAGGUGCGCCGCGGCGACGUCGUCCCCAAGGGCCUCGCGUCGUGGCCGCGGACGCUCGCGUUCUUGCGGCGGCGCGCGGACGACAUCUGGCCGCCGGCGACGAUCCUGCUGUUGUUCGUCUACUGCAUCAGCAACCGCAUGGUCCAAACGAGAGACCUAAAAGUCCACGACCGCGCCGCGGGGGGCCGCACGGUCACCGUCGCUGCGGCGGACGCCGGCGUCUCCGUGCGCGUCGUGGUCCCGGACCAGUGGCUCGCGAGCGGCCGCUGCUGCGACAUCCUCCUGGCGCGCUUCCUCGCGGCGCAUGACCUCGCGCGCGACGCGCGCUACGACGACGGCUGCGAGAUCCGCUUGCGCGUCCGCCGCGCGGGCCGCGCCGUCCGCUGUUCGACGCCGCUGUCGGACGUCGUCGGCCGCGGCGACGUCGCGGUCGACGUCGAGCGCGCCGCCGCCGCCGCCGCGCCGUCGGCGGACGCGGCGAUCGACGUCGAGCGCGCCACCGCGGCCGCCGCGCCGUCGGCGGACGUCGCGGUCGACGUCGAGCGCGCCGCCGCGGCCGCCGCGCCGCUUCCGCCGCCCGCGACGCGCGGCGGCCGGGGCCUCGUCGUGACCUUCGUCUCGGAGGCCUACGCGCCGCUGCUGCACCUCUGGCUGCGGUGCGUCGAGCGGUCGGCCGCGGCCGUCGAGGUCGCGAUCGUCGCCCUCGACGGGCCCGCGCGCGCGGCGGCGGCCGCGUCGCUGGCGCUGCGGCCGUCGCUCCGGGGCCGCGUCGUCGAGCGGUCCUGCGCCGUCGACGGCGACGACGGCCGGCGGCGGCUCUGGAGCCUGCGGCUCGACGCGAUCCAGGACGCGCUACGAGACGCGGAGGCGCGCGGCCUCGACUUCGUGCUCCACAGCGACGUCGACGCGUUCUGGAUCGGCGACGCCUUCGCCGCCGCGGCCCGCCGGCUCGGGCGCCGGCUCGGUGCGUUCUCCGUGGACCUCGGCGGCCGCGCCGCGCGGCACAAGGGCUUCGCGCUCUGCCCCGGGUUCUUCCUGCUGCGCGUCGGCGCCGACGCGCGGGCCUUCGUCGCGGCGUGGGCCGCGGCCACCCGGGAGGAGCGCGACGACCAGAACGCGCUCAACUUCCUCGUCGACGACCGGCUCCUGAGCCGCGCGUGGCGCGCGACGGGCGAGGCCCGGCCCGCGGCGGGCCGGCGGCCCGCCGUCGCCGGCGCGCCGGACGCGGCGCUGGCGCUCCUGCCCUACGACGACUUCCAGCGGUGCCUCGCGAAGCACCCGCCGACGCGCGGCCGCCUGCCGACGCUGUGGCACCCGUGGCUCGACGCGACGCACUUCGCGCCCCGCGCCAAGGCCGAGCUCUGGGCCCUCGUCGUCGACGAGCUCCAGGCGGGGAGCACGGCCAUCCUCGACGACUUCUACGCCGACUCCGCGCGCGCGUCGUCGACGCUGACGCCGCGCGCCAUCGCCCGGCUCGCGCUGGGGCGGGCGCGGGCGGGCGUCACGUAA